UGCUGUCGUCAUAGUUACAGACGAUGUAAACAUGUUGCAUACAUGUGGCCCGCAUAAAGAGAGUUCACUCUGCAGCCCUCUCUCUCUCUCAGUGUGGGAGCAGCGUGCGGACGCAGGGUGAAAAGCCUCAGGCUGCUUCCUCAUGACAUCACAUGGUUGCAGAAUGACUUGUCUGACAUUCAUCUGUGAAGCAAGACUUCCUAAACACAGAGCGCGGUCACUGCUCUGUUGAUACUGAGGGUGGAAAAAAGGCUUCAUUUUCUUGUGCGUAUCAUUUGUAAAAGGAGCCUGCAAGCAGUUUUGAGUGUAUUUACGUUAUCAGUGAUCUCAACAUCUGAUGCUACUUCCUGUCUCUGUCGUCAUGGCGACUGCAAGAGCCCCAGAGCACAGGAGGAUACAGGUCAGUGAGGAGGCCUGAUGUCUGAUUCCACUCCUGACUGCCGCUGAAGUACAUGCUACUUACGCACCGUGUCACUCAAGUGUCCUUAAAAAGAGCCGCAGACAUGGAGGAGGAGAGCAGGGUGAAUGGCUUUGGACUGAACCCAGAGAGGAGGAGUUCAGACUGGGGUCGCAUCACCCUGCUGGACAAGACCAAGGAGUUCUUCCAGACCUGCGACGUGGAGGGCAAAGGCUUCAUUACCCGCACUGAUAUGAGGAGGCUGCACAGAGAGCUGCCUCUGUCUGCAGAGGAGCUGGAGGAUGUGUUUGUCUCUCUGGAUACGGACCGCACUGGUUACCUCACACUGGAGGCAUUCUCCUCUGGAUUCAGUCAGUUCCUGCACGGCCGGAGGAUCUCUGUCACGGACGACCAAAAUCAGACCCCCAGCCCCAUCUUAAGAACCAAGGAAGCCCUUUAUCAGAGCCAAUGGGAAGCCAAGCUGUCAGGAGUUGAAGACGAGGAGGAAGGGCACUUCUGUAUGCUGCUGGAGAGCCUGGGAGCCAGUAAUGUGUUUGAGGAUCCAGACGAGGUGCGCAGUCUCUGGGCCCAGCUCAGGCGAGAUGAGCCGCACCUCCUCUCCAAUUUCGAGGAGUUCCUGGCCCGGGUCACUCACCAAAUAAAAGAGGCCCACCAGGAAAAGAAGGAAAUGGAGAGCGCCCUCCAGAGGAAGGCUGCGACACAUGACAGUGAGAUCCGUCAUUUAUAUGAAGAGAUGGAGGCACAGAUCAAAAAUGAGAAAGAACGGCUGCUGCUUCAGGACUCUGAGCGUCUUCAGCUGCGCAGCCAGGACCUGGAGCACCAGCUGUUUUCAAAGGAGAGAGAGCUGGAGCAGCUUUUCAAGAAACAGAAAGGGUUAGAGCUCCAGUGCCACGAGCUGAGCAGCGAGAAGCAGGAGAGCCAUGUGGAGAACGUCAAGCUGAAGAUGACCAACGACGAGCUGUCCCGAGCGCUGGAGAGCACCAGCCAGGAGCUGACGCUGGCCCAGGAACAGCUGGCCAUACUGCAGGAGCAGGCCGCCCGGCUGCACCGGGAGAAAGAGAUGGAAAUGUACAGAGUAACAGAGGGACUGCAGAGGGAAAAGCAGAGUCUCAUGAAGCAGCUUGAUCUCCUCAGAGAGAUGAACAAACAUUUGAAGGAUGAGCGAGACAUAUGCUGCGGUGUACCUCGAACUUCACUCAGAAAGAAGCAGAAGCAGAGAGCGGGCCUCGCCAACAUAUUUGAUGACACCAGCCAGCCGGCAAAAAGAGCCCCACUGUUGGUGGAUGGGUCCUACCAGUCUCUGGAGGCCUUGCCUAUAGAGCACCUUCAAAUCGUGUUUGUUGCUUCCUCCUCCUGUAGUGAGGAUGAUACCACCACCACCGCCACCACCGCUACCACCUCUUCCACCACUGUUAGCGCGCCUGCGUGUCAACAGCGCCCUGCAGCAAAGAAGAACUCUGGUUUAGCCAACGGCUACGCUAACCCUGCUCCCCCCAAAGUGCACGAUGUGAAGGCGAAGGCCAGAAAAGCGCCCAGCAAGAUGGCUGCCCCCAAGAGGGUGACGAGCAGAAGCAGAGAAAGAGGGAAGAAGGUGGAGAUUGAGAAGAAGACGGGGGUAGGAGAGGAGGUGUUGGACGCCCCUCCAGAUGGGUGGCCCCUCCGUCGAGUCAUCUCCAUCGAGGAGGAUCACCUACCCCACCUGCUCCACGGUGGGCCCCAGCCCUUAAUGCACCAGCUCAGUGAGGAGGAAGACGAGGAGGAUGAAGAGGAGGAAGAAGGAGCACAGAGCGACACAGAAUCUACUGUUGUCACAGCAACAGCCCGCUCUGCCACCCAAACUUCCAGUUACAUUCCAGUGUUGGCGGAAGCUCCUUCAGUGAGGAAAUCCCGCAUUGCCCGAGCAAAAAAGACGCCCACGUCCCCAAGAGGACAGCUUCUCGGGAAGGACACUCAGCAAAAGCUGACAGAAGGAGCCCUGUUCGCCCCGGACCGUCUCUUUAAGGUGGUCCUGGUUGGCAACUCCAGCGUAGGGAAGACAUCCCUGCUGCGUUCUUUCUGUGAGGGCUGUUUCCACCCUUCCACCACUGCUACUGUGGGUAUUGACUACAGUGUGAAGACAUUAACCCUGGACAAUAUGCAGGUAGCCAUGCAGCUCUGGGACACAGCUGGUCAAGAGAGGUACCGCAGUAUAACCAAGCAGUUCUUUCGCAAAGCAGACGGCGUGGUGGUGAUGUACGACGUCACCGUGGAGGAGAGCUUCAGGGCCGUGCAACCCUGGCUCACCAAUGUCCAGGAAGCUGCAGGAGAGGGCAUCCCCGUCCUCCUUCUAGGCAACAAAAUGGACAUGGAUGAGGAGAGGGAGGUGCCAUUUAAAGAAGCUGAGCAACUGGCUUAUGAAAACAAGGUGAUGUUCUUUGAGGUCAGUGCCUACACAGGCAAGAAUGUGAUCGAGUCCCUCACACACCUGGCCAGAGUGUUAAUGGAGCAGGAGGACACAGUGAGAGACCCAACAGUCAUCCUCAGUGCUCAGCCCAUAAGGAGGAAAGCCUGUUGCAAGUGAAGACACACUGACCGGCGAGAAUAAGCUAAAAACUUUGGAAGAAAUCUAUCAAUGUCUCCCGGACACUGGAUUUGCAGUGUUUGAGAACAACGGUGAAAUCAGUAUUGAAAUCGUGUCUUCACUUUGGCACAGACAUGCGGUGCAGAUUGAAGUGGACAUUGAAGGAUGGUGCUGCGCCUGUGAACAAACUGCUGUCAGGCCUAAAUGAUGACGCUCAGAGGAUGAGCUUAUCUAAAGUGGAAAUGAGGCGCUGCACCAUUUCCUGUGAGCAAUGCUGUGUUGCCAAAUCCCAGUAGUGCUGUCUUUAAGAUUUAAACAUUUUCUGUCAUAUAAUUACUUUCAAUAAAAACCUUCACCCAAGAGAAAAAAAUCAUAAAUGUACUACAGGCUUUGCAUAACUGAAUGUUAGCUUUAAAGUCUUAAUUCCUCUGUAUUUCUCUGUAUCUGGUGUAGUGUAUGUUAUGUAGUUAUAUUUUAUUGAACUAUACUGAAAUAAAUUAUUUGGAAUUCAUUGAAAUAGUAGUUUUAAAUGAAAAUCAUGUGAGAAAAAUCCAACUUGAUUCUUUGAAAUUUUAUUCAUCAUCACGUUCUGUUUUCAUAUUCUUUGUCUGGUCCCGAAAACAAAGUGGUUCAUGACAUAUUGCAUCUGUGUUUGUUACUGUUUUGAGGCAUUGUUCUGUUUUUACUCUGGCACCAAAGUACAGUUGUUCUGAUUUAUCCUCAAUUAAAGAAAUAAAUAAAUCACAUUUCAUCUUUCUGCAAUCAAUGAGGCGAAAAACUUUCACAUGCAAAUAAAUAAUGAAAUAAAACAACUAUUGAUUACUGUACCUUCAAUACAAUUAUACAGUGUGUAAAUCAUGAAUCUUAACAAAUGACCAUAGGAAAAACAGUUAAUGACUGUGCUGUAACCCUCUCAACAUCACACAGAUCAAUGCUUCUCCAUUAGCUGCACUAACAAUAUAAAGACUGGUAAAUGCUUUUCAUUUUAUACUCAAAAUAAUUAAAUUCCCAGAAACUAGUGACAGAAAAAAAAAUCAAGUUCAUUUAGGAGGUUA